UCAGGGUAAUCACUUUGAUCAGUAUGAAGAAGGACAUUUGGAAAUUGAACAAGCAUCACUUGACAAGCCUAUAGAAUCGGAAAAGGGACCAUACUGAAUACUAGCCCUUUCUGCAGAGUCACAGAGCUGCCUUUUUUCCUACAAAAGCAGCCCAGUUUUUAAAGCCAGGAUAAUAUUGGACAUCGCUUACUCCAGAAACAUGGGUGGAAGCUGGGCCAGGGAUUGGGAAAAUCUCUUCAGGCAUUAUGAUCCUGGACUUGUUGUGGUGAUGGUAAACUUAGCAGUGGUAAUUUUUUAUUUUCAGACUGAAUUACUCCUUUUGUCAUCAGUGCACCAAUAUGUUAGGCUUACUUUCUCUGUUGUAGCCUUCAUCCUUCUGCUUGGUCUUUUUCAUUUUCCUUUCCUUUCCUUAUGCAACUUGUCUGAUCCUUGUUCAUUAAAGGGUAAUGUUAAGAAGGGAUGUAUCUGUUUGUGUUAGAACUGCCAAAAAAAUCAGUUAAAACAUUAAAUUCUAAUACUGUCAAAAACUUGAUUUCCCCACAAUGUAAUGGGCACUAGCACUUGCUACUGCAAUUUAUAAAUAAAUUAAAACAAACUUUGACUGCCUUAGGAGGCAAAAGUACUAAUGCAGAGUUCAUAAACAGGGGUUUACAGAGGUAAUGAAUUUGUACCAAAACUUUCUUGAUUCUUGCAAAACAAAUUCUGACAGACUGAAAAAACCAAAACAAAACCAAAAAAAGGAAAUUUCUUUGACAUUUCUUUUCAAUUCUUUCAUUGGACCAUUUGUGUAUUUUACCAGUAAAUCCCUGAUUGAGACGUUAUGAAAGUGAUAUUGCACCUAGGAAGUCAUUUUUAUAACCUGUCUUUAAUUUGGUCCUUUUGCUAAAGAUUGCAGUCACUGCUUAUUUAUUAUACCAUUGGGCAUAAGGUAGUAAUGCAUUUUCAUUUUGUUUAACUGGCAGUCUUUAACAGUAUCUAAAAGAAGUCUGUAUUUUAGAACUUUUUUCUCUUUUUUUUUCUGGCAUGAAAUGGUCUUUAUUAACUUCAACUUUCACUGUUAAUUAUUCCUAAUUAUCUCCUUAUUUAUUGUUUGAAAACAAUAAUGAGAUACUGGUGAUAAGUAAACUUCUGAAUUUGUUUUUCAUUAUGUUUUAAAGACAAAAAUUACACACAAGUAUGGAGCAACUGGAUAUGAGUGGUUGCCAGUCACUUAGAGAAUAGUUUCUUCUUUUUUCUCCAGGACUCCAGUCAUGAAUAUAGCAUUUAUUUAUUUAUUUAUUUAUUUAUUUAUUUAUUUUUAAUUGGUUUUGGUAAUACCUCAGAUUUAGCCUGACAAAACUCAUCUUUUAGCCCAAAGGUAUAAUACAUAUGUGUGUAUAACAACAACAAAAACACAAAAAAGCAAACAAAAAAACAAUUGUUUACACCAGCCUGAGUGAAAUGAUGAGGGAAGUAAACAUUGUGUUUUUUCACUAAAGGUGUGCAACGGAUAAGGUAAGUAAGUCCUCUUUUCAGUGGGCUUACAUCACAAUAAAAAGCGCAAGUUGUGAUGUAAAACAGCUGUGGUAGUAAAGUGCUUGUCUGCCCCAUUUUGCUUUGUUUGGCUGGUUAUGAGUGGAUUAAAUAUACAUUAAAAAAAAAUCUCCAGCAUAGAUUGAUUAGUUAAAAGUCAAUUUUCUUCGCAACUAGUCCUUUUCACAGCUUACCAAUUGCUAUAGCCAGUGUUAAAUCCACUCUGGAAAAUGGGAUCUCAGAGCACCAGUUCAAAAGUAAAAUUUGUCCCUAAGGGCAACUAACUGUUGCUUUUUAUUUAAAAAAUUUUCACAGCCCCAGUUAAUUGUAAAACAUCUUUUGAAAACAAAAAAAUAUUAAACAUGCUGAGUUGCAGUUACCUAGUUGCAGUUUUCCUGUAUCAUGUUUGAAACAGUGCCCUUUUAUUUAAGCAUGUAAUUUGAAGUAUUUGUUACUGGUUUUAAAAGUGUAUGUGGGGGGAUGUCAGUAGAUCGUAAGAGUGAAAUGAUUCUUAAUGGAAAGUUAUUUGGGGGUCUUUUUAAAAAGCAAUUUCUGAAGUUUUUGAUUUUAAAUCUCCUGGUGCCAUUGCUUAGAAGUGCUUUGCAUUAUUUAUUUAAUUUUGCCAUAGUAAUCUGGAAUUAUUUCCAACUGGAACGUCAACCAAGGUGGUUAGUUGGGCUUAAACUGGGAGAGGUAGGUUUGGUCGUAAGCUGUGAGAAUGGCUUGUGUUUGGUUCACUGUAGCUUUCUGGUCUCUGCACUCCAAGGCAAGAUCUCUAACCACCCAAACCCAAUGUAUGAAGUGAACUGUUGGCUUAGCUUUGCCUCUUACCUUGAUUAUGUGUUCCUGUUACAGGGAGAACAGAUCCCAUUCCGAUUGUCGUCAAAUAUGAUGUCAUGGGCAUGGGUCGCAUGGAAAUGGAGCUUGAUUAUGCUGAAGAUGCUACCGAACGGCGCCGUGUCCUAGAAGUAGAAAAAGAAGACACAGAAGAAUUGAGACAGAAGUAUAAGGAUUAUGUUGACAAAGAGAAGGCCAUUGCCAAAGCACUGGAAGACCUCAGAGCCAACUUUUACUGUGAACUCUGUGAUAAGCAAUAUCAGAAACAUCAGGAAUUUGACAACCACAUCAACUCCUAUGAUCAUGCACACAAGCAGAGAUUGAAAGAUCUCAAGCAGAGAGAGUUUGCUCGAAAUGUCUCUUCAAGAUCCCGCAAAGAUGAGAAGAAACAGGAAAAAGCCCUUCGGCGGCUCCAUGAAUUGGCUGAGCAAAGGAAACAAGCUGAAUGUGCACCUGGAAGCGGUCCCAUGUUCAGACCAACCACAGUGGCUGUAGAUGAAGAAGGCGGAGAUGAUGAUAAAGAUGAGUCAGCUACAAACAGUGGCACAAGUGCCACAGCCACUUGUGGCCUGGGAUCUGAAUUCUCCACAGAUAAAGGAGGCCCUUUCACUGCAAUACAAAGCACUAAUACCUCUGGACUGGCACAGGCUCCUGGGUUAGCCUCCCAAGGCAUCAGCUUUGGCAUUAAGAAUAAUCCAGGAACUCCACUGCAGAAAUUGGGAGUGUCAUUUUCCUUUGCCAAGAAGGCUCCUGUCAAACUCGAAUCAAUAGCGUCAGUGUUCAAGGACCACGCAGAGGAAGGACCCUCUGAAGAUGGAGCCAAAGCUGAUGAGAAAGGUUCUGACCAAGGAUUGCAGAAGAUGGGAGAAUCUGAUGGUAGCAGUAAUCUUGAUGGUAAAAAAGAGGAUGAAGACCCUCAGGAUGGAGGGUCCCUAGCCUCAACAUUAUCUAAGUUAAAAAGAAUGAAGCGAGAAGAAGGAGCUGGGGCUGCAGAGCCAGAGUAUUACCACUACAUUCCCCCAGCACACUGCAAAGUAAAACCAAAUUUCCCCUUCCUACUCUUUAUGAGAGCCAGUGAACAGAUGGAAGGUGAUAAUAGUAUGCACCCAAAGAAUGCCCUAGAGAGCAAAAAAAGCAGUUCUCCCAAGCCUAAAGGCUGUAUCAAGGUGAUAGCAAGCCAAGGAGCAGAAAAGACAGUUGAUGAAGUCUUGGAGCAACAGACAGAAACCAGUGCCGCAGAGCCCUCAGAGCCUGGAAGCAAAGCUGAGACAAAGAAGACCUCAGGAGGGGAUGUAAGUGAGCAGAGUUUAGAGAGUCCAUGUCAGAAGGCUUCAGAGAAUCAAAUAUGUGAGUCUGACCCCUCUAAAGAAACCUCUCAGAUCACCCCAGCAGGGAAAGAAAGCCAGGAGGGACCCAAACAUCCUACUGGUCCCUUCUUUCCGGUUUUGAGCAAAGAUGAAAGCACUGCCCUCCAGUGGCCAUCGGAACUCUUAAUUUUUACCAAGGCAGAACCCUCCAUUUCAUACAGUUGUAACCCUUUAUACUUUGACUUUAAACUUUCAAGGAACAAAGAUGCCAGAGCUAAAGGGACCGAAAAACCAAAGGACAUAGGAGGCUCCUCAAAGGACCAUCUCCAGGGCCUUGAUGCUGGUGAGCCAAAUAAAAGCAAAGAGGGUGGAGAGAAUGUAGAACAUUCCUCAGGAGGCAGAAUGGAUGCACCUGCUUCUGGGUCUGCCUGUAGCAGUCUGAACAAGCAAGAACCUGGAGGCAGCCAUGGGUCAGAGACAGAGGACACAGGGAGAAGCCUUCCUAGCAAGAAAGAACGAUCUGGGAAGUCCCACCGACACAAAAAGAAAAAGAAGCACAAAAAAUCCAGCAAACACAAACGGAAACAUAAGGCUGACCCGGAAGAGAAAAGCUCUAAGACAGAGUCUGGGGAGAAGUCUAAGAAGCGCAAGAAACGAAAACGAAAGAAGAACAAGUCAUCAGCCCCCGCGGAUUCUGAACGGGGACCCAAACCAGAACCCCCUGGGAGUGGUAGCCCUGCACCACCAAGACGACGGCGGCGAGCUCAAGAUGACUCCCAGCGGAGAUCCCUCCCAGCUGAAGAAGGGAGCAGCGGCAAGAAGGACGAAGGUGGAGGUGGUGGCAGCUCCCAGGAUCAUGGUGGGAAGAAACACAAAGGUGAGCCUCUAACUUCAUCCUGCCAGCGAAGAGCUGGCGCCAAACGGAGCAGCCGGUCCAGCCAUCGAAGUCGACCCAGUAGUGGAGAUGAAGAUAGUGACGAUGCUUCGUCACACCGGCUACACCAGAAGUCUCCGUCCCAGUACAGUGAGGAGGAGGAAGAGGAGGAAGACUCAGGCAGUGAGCAUUCCCGGAGCCGUUCCCGGUCGGGCCGGCGCCAUUCCUCACACCGUUCCUCCCGGCGUUCUUACUCAAGUAGCUCCGAUGCUUCUUCAGACCAGAGCUGCUACAGCAGACAGCGCAGUUACUCUGAUGACAGCUACAGUGACUAUAGUGACCGAUCUCGAAGGCACUCCAAGCGCUCCCAUGACUCUGACGACUCGGACUAUGCCAGCUCCAAACACCGGUCCAAACGGCACAAGUACUCCUCUUCUGAUGACGACUAUAGCCUCAGUUGCAGCCAGUCCCGAAGCCGGUCUCGGAGUCAUACCAGGGAGCGCUCAAGGUCCCGGGGCCGCAGCCGCAGCAGCAGCUGUAGUCGCAGCCGGAGCAAACGGAGAAGCCGCAGCACCACGGCCCACAGCUGGCAGCGGAGCCGAAGCUAUAGCCGUGACCGCAGCCGCAGCACCAGGAGCCCUUCCCAGCGAUCAGGUUCCAGGAAGGGAUCAUGGGGUCACGAAAGCCCUGAGGAGAGGCGUUCUGGUCGUCGAGACUUCAUCCGCUCUAAAAUCUACCGCUCCCAGUCUCCCCACUAUUUCCGACCAGGCCGGGGAGAAGGUCCUGGGAAGAGAGAUGACAGCAGAGGAGACGAUGGUAAAGGGACAGGCCUGCCCUCCCAGAACAGCAACAUUGGUGCCGGAAGGGGGUCGGAAGGUGACUGCAGCCCCGAAGACAAGAACUCCGUUACUGCCAAACUGCUCCUGGAGAAGAUUCAGUCAAGGAAAGUGGAGAAGAAACCCAGUGUGAGUGAGGAGGUGCUGGCCACCCCUGCUAAAGCUGGGCUCAAGCUCAAGGACCCCCCACAAGGUUAUUUUGGGCCCAAGCUCCCCCCAUCUCUUGGCAAUAAGCCUGUUCUUCCAUUGAUAGGGAAGCUCCCAGCUACCCGAAAGCCGAACAGCAAGAAAUGUGAAGAGUCUGGCUUAGAAAGGGGGGAAGAGCAAGAACAGUCAGAGACAGAAGAAGGGCCUCCAGGGAGUAGUGAUGCCCCAUUUGGACAUCAGUUCCCCUCAGAGGAAACAGCUGGCCCCUUAUCAGACCCACCCCCAGAAGAGCCAAAGUCUGAAGAAGUUACUGCUGAUCACCCUGUUGCUCCACUAGGCACCCCAGUGCACUCAGACUGCUAUCCUGGGGACCCCACCAUCUCCCAUAACUACCUCCCUGACCCCAGCGAUGGGGACACCCUAGAGUCCUUGGAUAGUAGCAGUCAGCCAGGCCCUGUGGAAUCCAGCUUGCUGCCUAUAGCGCCAGACCUUGAGCACUUCCCCAGUUAUGCACCUCCCAGUGGGGAUCCUAGUAUUGAGUCAGCUGACGGGGCUGAGGAUGCUUCCCUGGCCCCCCUAGAGAGCCAGCCCAUCACCUUCACCCCUGAGGAGAUGGAGAAGUACAGCAAGCUCCAGCAGGCCGCACAACAGCACAUCCAGCAGCAGCUUCUAGCCAAGCAAGUAAAGGCCUUUCCAGCCUCGGCUGCCCUGGCCCCAGCCACUCCAGCCCUGCAGCCUAUCCACAUUCAGCAGCCAGCCACAGCCUCUGCCACCUCAAUCACAACUGUUCAGCAUGCCAUCCUGCAACAUCAUGCAGCGGCAGCUGCCGCCGCCAUCGGAAUUCACCCCCACCCUCAUCCCCAGCCACUCGCCCAAGUGCAUCAUAUUCCCCAGCCCCACCUGACCCCCAUUUCCUUGUCCCACCUCACUCACUCAAUCAUCCCUGGCCACCCGGCCACCUUUCUCGCUAGCCAUCCCAUCCACAUCAUUCCCGCCUCAGCCAUUCAUCCUGGGCCCUUCACCUUCCAUCCUGUCCCACACGCUGCCCUCUACCCUACCCUGCUUGCUCCGCGGCCUGCUGCAGCAGCUGCCACCGCCCUCCACCUUCACCCACUACUUCACCCCAUCUUCUCAGGUCAGGACCUGCAGCACCCGCCUAGCCAUGGCACAUGAGUUGGGGGAUGGGAGCCCAGGUAGGGCCAGGGAAGGUGACCCAUAUAUCUUCCCUCGGGGGUGUUGAGCCAUUAAUACCAGCAAGUAGAAGCUGGGAUGGGCAGUGUCUGACAGCCAAAGAAUCGAGUUUUGGCUUGCAGGGGUGGUUUUAGAUUUGAGGUUUGCUUUGGGUUUACUAUCAGGGAUUUUUUUUUCCCCUUCCCCCCCUUUCUGUUUGUCCCUCCCUCUCCUGUGUUUCUAAGCUAGGGAACACCAGUAAGUGCUACCCACCCCUCUGCGGCAACAUCUCCAAACUGUGAAGUUUGGAUAUUCCUCUCUUCCCUCUACUUUUUAUCCUCCACUCUUCCCUUCUGUAAAUUUUAAAACAUUUUUCCUCUCUGGCCGGAGGUUUGUCCAUCUGGUCCUGCCCUCUCAGUGUCUUUGACCAUCCCUUGGUGACCUUAUGCUAUCCUGGGUGAGGUGGAAAGGGAGUCUGACCUGGAACCAGAUGCUACUCAGGCUGUUAUUCAAUCAGUCCACUUCCCACACAAACAGAAAGCCACACAUUUGGCACUGUUGUCCUCAUAUCCCUCAUCCCAGAAGAGGUAUCUGCAUAUCCCAGAAAAGAAGAUCCUAUCAUGAAUAGAAGCUAUGCGGAACAUAGAGUCGCCCAUGUGCUUCCCCAGAGAGGAGCUCAUGUGUCUGAAGGGUGUAUUUUCUUCUGUCAUGUUGAUGUUUCCUUCUUAAUUUAUAGGAUUUUUUUUAAAUGUAAAAAAUUGCACUGAACUCUAUAAACGUAAAUGCUGCUUUUUGUAGCUCAUAUUAAAAAAAAAAAGUUCCAUAUUUGUAGUAUACUGCAAUAAUAUUUUUUACAUCCGGCUCUUUAAGUGAUCCUUGUUCUGGUGGCUUUGUGUAAAUAUGUUUGCCCUAGUUGAACUAAGAAACUUUAAAGGUUAUAAAAUGAAAACAAAAAAUAAAGUAUCUGUUUUCUGCUAGAUGCAAAAAUGACUAAGCAUGUAUAUUUUAUCAAGCUCAUGUAUUUUUUGAAGUUAUGAACUAUAAAAAUGUUAAAACAAAAAAAGAACAAUUGUUUAACAUUUUUUGCUGGGACAGAACGUUUAGUUAAUUUGCAGUAAGUGGUGCCCCCAGCACUGGGAUUUGGUUGUUUUUUGUUUUUGUUUUUGUUUUUCAACUAAUGGGCAGCAGUCAGCUGGGGGUGUCAGAGGGGUCCUCAGUUAUGACAUCUCCCUCAUGUGCUUUGCAGUUUUAUACAGAGAGGUGAGCCCACAGAGGAGGAGAGAAAUUUGAGAGCUUUGUUCUCUGGAAGCAGGGAGAUUCAGAGUGAUUGUCUGGGGGAUUUCCUGGGUUUUCUGGGGACCUUGUUCCGGGCAGUCCAUUUGCCUUCCUAGUACUUAGCCCCCCUCUGACAGUUUUUGUUGUUGUUUUUGUUGUUGUUUUUUGUUUUCUUUUGUUUUUAAUGUGCCUUCUGGGUUGGCUAGAAACAGAAGUAGAAGUAGACUUGAGGAUGAUGAGUUGGGACAGUUUCUUCCCCCCUUGUUGGGAGGUGAGCAUAUUUAUAGAUACUGCAGAUUAUUUUGCUUCCUAGUUUCCAUGCCUUCUGCCCAGCUUAGUUUAAGCAGUGAAGAUUUUUUUUUUUUCCUUUUCUCCCAUGACACCUACCGGAGGAAGUACCACCUUCAUUCCUCUUCUUCCUCUUGCCUUUCACCAGGGCUCUCAGACCUAAUUCACGUACUGGCCCAAAGGUGUUUAUAUUGCAGGUCUCAUCUUUGGUGUAGGUAGCAGUUCUCUAUUUGGCAUUUCCCUACCCAUUCCUGUGGCUGGAAUUGGUUGGGUGGUUACCGGACAGGAAAAAUCAAACCCUACUCACUUGGGCCAAGGCUCUGGGUUCUGCCUUUCUUCUCAGAUUCCCAAAAGAAAAAGGUUUUGAGUUUAUGAGAAGCAAGUGCUGGGCAAACAAGGCUCCUGCCUGAGCCUCCUACCUGUUCAGUGCUCCUCCUCUGAUUCAGAAGCAUCACUUUGGAUAACUAGCGCUGGAAAAAUGAAAUCAUCUGUUUGAAGUGAAGGGACUCAUUUUUCUUUGCUUUCAGCCCAUGUAAAUAUUUAAAUAAUACAGUAUUAACAUUUUUGUGCUGCUUCCCAUUAGCUUGUAGAUUGAGCCAUACUCUGGCUGCCUCUCUACCUUCCUGGGGGCAGUUUUCUUUAACUUUCAGAAUAGUGAUUUUAAAACUUAAAAAACAAAAUAACCUAUCCUUACUUACAAACAUUACAGAUUGUAUUUAACUUUAUCACAUAUGAUAGAGAUAUAUAUGCUGUAAAAUUAGGGAAAGGAACUUUCUAAUAAACCAAUGAUUUGUGGAAA